AUGUCGUCUACCGACCGGGUGUUCGAACGGCGGAUCGUGUCCAAGCGAAGAACGUCCGCCAACCUGGAGGACGAGCCGGAGAAGCAGUGUCCGAACGGUUGGGCCAGCGUCGUGGCGGCCGCGGCGGCAGCCGCGUCGUCUUCGUCGUCGACGUUACGGCAAAAAGCGGCAGCCUGCAAGACCUCGCAGAGGACGACGUUUCAACCACAUCCCGAUUCCAUCUGCGAUUGGUUCUUCAAAGUGAUGGUACUCGGCGAUUCCGGAGUUGGGAAGACUUGCCUGUUGGUCCGUUUCAGGGACGAUAUGUUCUUGGGUGGCAAUUAUAUUUCUACCGUCGGUGUAGAUUUCAGGAAUAAAAUUAUAUCUGUCGACGACUCCAAAGUUAAGCUACAGAUUUGGGACACUGCGGGUCAAGAACGAUUUAGAAGCGUAACACACGCAUAUUAUAGAGAUGCCCAUGCACUUUUACUUUUGUACGAUGUAACUAACAAAGUAAGUUUUGACAACAUACGAGCUUGGUUGAGUGAAAUUCGAGAUUAUGCUAAUGAUCAAGUAGUCAUAAUGUUAAUAGGAAAUAAAGCUGAUUGCAGUCUAAACGAUAGAAUGGUGAAAAGAGAAGACGGCGAACAAUUGGCCAAAGAAUAUUCAGUCACUUUUAUGGAGACUUCUGCUAAAUCUGGUUUUAAUGUCGAAAUCGCUUUUAUGGCUGUUGCAAGGGAGUUAUUAUUCAAAAAAACAGGGGUUGAAAAAAAAGGAUCUUUUAAUGUACAAGAUUAUGUGAAAGAACAAACCAAAUCCAAUUGUCCAGCAUGCUCUACAGCAUAA